AUGUUUAACCCGCUACACUGGUUAAAGGUCCAAGAGGCGGAGGCCCACUGUGACAUCCCCUGCGGUAUCUAUGAUCCCGUUUCCGCAAAGAUCGCCGCCCAGACCGUUCAGAAGAUGGUGCUGCGGAUGCAGGCUCUGGAGGCCGGCGACGACGUGGCGGCCUACGCCAAUACUAUGUCCCGCUACGUUUCGGUAAAGGAAGAGCACGCCGAGACCUGCAAGCGUGAGCUGCGGAUUCUCUGGGCCGACUACGCCUGGCCCAACAUGCCGGAAGGCUUUGACCUUCAUGGUUCUUUCAAUGCAGCGUUGAAGCUGGCGGGCCGUUGCCGCCAGACCGUUGACAUGGCCGCUUGUGAAGAACUGGUCGCCGCCGUAGACAGCAUCGCCGCGGCUUUCUGGGCCACCAAGGGCGUCGAAUACAGCGACCCCCACGCCACCGCCCGCUACGGGGCCUAA